CAAAACCAAUGCUCUCAGCACCAGCUCAGAUUCUCCCCGCCGAACUCCUUUGUCACAUAUUUUCCUACCUAACUCUCCGCGAACAGAUUCAGAUUGCCGUAGUAUGCAAACGGUGGAGCGCGAGUAUGGGCGAGGCAAGAGAGUUUGUGGCAAGGGUUACGGAUCGGAUGGCUCAAGUUGGAUGUCAACGGGUGUUGAAAUGCUUUCCGAGAUUAAAAGUGAUGGAGCUCCGAUUACACAACAAAAACCAAGAUGCCCUCGUACACUUUGGAUCUACAUUUACGGGCCACCCGACCCUUACCCACCUAAUCACGGAAACGAGUAGCAUCCUCCUCGCAGCCCUCCGGCAUACACCCCGUCUAAAACACCUCACCCUGAAAGAAGAUUUCAGCUCCCCGAUUCCCCACCUACCCCGCGCAAACGUCAACUUCCUCUACGAGAUAUUUACAAAAGGAUUUGAAACCCUCGAUUUGGAUGCUCCCCUCUUGUUUGCCAUGGACACAUUUGCGGAAGCUGUCGAUGAUGCCUUUGACGAUAAGCGUGGAACAAUGGGGAAAUGGGUGUUACCCAAUCUGAAGCGUCUCUCCAUCCGGUCCCUUCAGAACAGCUCCAUGUCAGACUUGAUGACUGGAUUCAUGCCCCGUGUUGUCUUGACCGAAUUGAAGCAUCUGAACCUUAGCAGCAACGAAGCAACACUUCCGUUGGCGUGUCUAGGAUAUCUUGCUCAUGCUACACCGAAUUUGGAGUCGUUGCAUGUGGCUGGCACUUGGAUCGAGGGGCGGGAUGCCGAGAGUUUUGUCGAGGUUUUGUCGAGACGGUUGAAAGAAAUUGUUCUUAUCGGCUGCGAUUUACCGGGAUUAGAUCGUCGAGACGAUUCGAUCAACCUUGCGGAAGGAAUUCUGACCCUCCUCACCGCUCAUCUAUCAGAUGUGCAAGACAUUCAAAUCAUCCACUGUAAAUUCCGUACACCCGCUCACCCCAUCCACAACUCCCACAUUUCAAAAGGAUCCCGCACCCUCAAACGGCUAUCCCUCCUUGGAUUUGGUCGGACCAUGACAAGCGUCUCUUUCCUGUCCUAUUACCCAGCUCUUGAAACUCUGAAACUGGACGACGUACCCAAUUAUGUGCCUAACCCCUCUGGCCUCGGUAUGCGGUACAUCCCACUGUGGGACUUUGUAGCGGGUGCUUUGGUCAACCUGGCAGAGCUCGACUUGAGAUUCACCAGAGUCGAAGACGAGAUUGACCAUUCAAUAAUGUCCGACCAUAUUACAACGGUACCACCCACCCACCUACCCAACCUCACCACUCUCUCCCUCUACUCAAUCCCAAUUUCAACACUCUUACCUAUCCUCGCAAUGCACCCCACACUCAAAUCCAUCACGUUAAACCACCUCCCAGCAACAACUUUCCCCACAAUGCUCCUAAAGCCCCAAUCGCAUCUAAUCUCCCUUCCUAAUCUCCGUAUCCUGCACAUCCACGCUCACGGCCCCAUGUCCCCCCUCAUUACCCGAACACUUGCAACAACUCUCACAAAAGCAUCACAAGGACUCCAUACACUGCACGUCCAAUCCGCAAAACCAGCAUUGGAAACGCAUGCCCCGACCCUCGCCGCUCUUCUCUCCCCACCUAGCCCUCUUCCCCCCCAAGACGCAAUAGACAGUCUGUGGAUUUCAACACUGAUGAGUCAAUGCCCAUAUAUCAGGACAUUGAGAACAUCAGGACAAACCCUCACACACGAUGCCCUAGCGAGACUGUGUGCACCUGAUGCUGUCUGGAAAGGAACACUUGAGAGACUAGAAGUGGCUUUGAGAGGUAUACCGAGAAUGGAUGUUGCGUAUGAUUUUCUGUUGAAGGCGCUUUUGGAGGAGUAUAGGAUUUUGAAGGGGCUCGAGGUGUGUGUCGAGAGACUUCCUGAUGAUGUGGGGCCUGGAGUGGAGUUGGGAGAGGUGGGCGGUCGGGCAGCGAGUCGGACAGAUGAUAUGAUGGAGGGAGUCGAGAUGUUGGCGAGGGCUGCAGAACCGGACUGGGACGCUGUUUCCUCAUCUUCAUCGCCUUCUUUAUCAUUUAUCGAACCAUCGCAGCCUCUGUCGGCGUACACCCUACAAUCCAUUGACACACUACAUGCCAAACUCUGUGCGCGGUAUGCAGACGACUUGAAGAGACUUGCCCCCUGGCUGGAGACAUGCCGCGUCUGGGCCCCCGAGCUGAAGAGAAAAUGGAUUAGGAGCUUUUUGUUGCGGAGAAUGCAAAGGAGGAUUGGAGGCGACGACAUGCGUGUGUAGUUUUGUUUAUAAUUUGUAUAUAGCAUACAUAGCAUAGGAAGAGGUAUUCACUUUUAAAUAGUUGCACAUGCAGAA